AUGGUGUGGUGCGGGUUUGUGGGUUGGCCCGACGCUUGGCUGGGUACUUGUACGCGGUGCCAGUCGCUUAGCGAGUUCUCCGCCCAUGCCGGUACCGCCUCAGCAGCACAUCGGCAGCGGGCCCAGAAGUACCGUGGGCGUAUCGGUACGUGUUGGCCAGCAAUCCCCACGUACCAUCACAAGAAACCCCUUGCCCAUCCCGGCUCUCACCAGGGCUGGAUCCUCAAACGUGCUCAGCAGCCAAUUGCAGAGAUUGGUGCGAAUAAGAAUCACGGCUCGCCCAGAGCUUGCCUUGCAUUCCCUGCAGCCCACCAAAAACAACUUGACGCAGGCUGUUUAAAAUUGCCGGUCGCGGGCUUACAGUAUCCAGUAUACGAGAAUGUAUGUACAGUCCAGGUUCCGGCAUACGUGUGCACUUUGGAUGGACUGUGUAUUACGAAGCACACACGCACGCUUGCGGAAUUGAUGGAACAAAGCAAAGCAUCCAGACUCUCAACGCACUGA